AUGUCGUCACUGCUUUUGAAUCAACUAGAAGACAGUGUUACGCUUGAUGAAGCCAUGGAAAUGUCCAGAACCGCCACGACAGAGCCACGAAAUGGACAGGAAUUUGUUGAGGUGGUAAAGGAAACCUCGCUUUGCAAGGAGGCAGAUGCUAGUAAUCUCGGUUUAAACGUGGCGGAGGCGGGCACAGACAACCAAUCCCAGAUGGUUUCACCUAUAGCGAUCUGUGGGAUGGCUCUUCGACUACCUGGUGGUGUCAGUUUCCCCGAGGAAUUCUGGAAGUUUUUAAUUGAAAAACGAGACGGCCUAUGCGAAGUACCCGAGACCCGUUAUGAUAUAGACUCCUUCUACAAUGAAUCGAAGCCCCAUUCGAUCAAGACAAGAAAGGGAUAUUUCCUGCAGGAAGACCCAGCAUGCUUCGAUGCGGAUUUCUUCUCUAUAUCUUCACGUGAAGCUGGGCGCAUGGACCCUCAACAGCGACAGCUGCUCGAAGUGGUAUGGGAGUGUCUUGAGAGCGCUGGGGAGGUAAAAUGGCGAGGGAAAGAAGUCGGUUGUUUUGUUGGGGUCUAUGGGGAAGAUUGGCUAGAACUUGCUAGCAAAGAUCCCCAAGGUAUCGAUCGCUAUCAUGUCUUGGGAACUGGGCAGUUUGCGCUGUCUAACCGUAUAUCUUACGAGUUUGAUUUUCAAGGACCAAGCAUGACACUUCAAACUGGCUGUUCUUCCUCUAUGGUCGGUCUCCAUGAAGCUUGUCAAGCUAUCUAUUCAGGCGAAUGUUCUUCAGCUAUCGUUGCUGGAACGAAUCUAAUUUUUGCUCCCACGAUGACAACAACUAUGUCAGAGAAUAUGGUCUUAUCUCCGAGUGGAAUGUGCAGAACCUUUGACGAGAAGGCUGAUGGGUACGGCAGAGGAGAGGCAAUCAAUGCAAUUCUGAUAAAGCCCCUGGACGAGGCUAUUCGAAACAAUGAUCCAAUCAGAGCCGUGAUUCGAGCUACGUCUACAAAUUGUGAUGGGAAAACAUCCAGCAUUACCACGCCGGGAUCACUGUCCCAGGAACGUCUCAUUAGGAAAGCAUACAAAAAGGCACAUAUCGAUAACAUCUCCCAAACCGCAUUUUUCGAGUGUCAUGGAACCGGAACAACGAUAGGCGAUACAGCAGAGGCAUCCGUAGUUGCUAAGCUAUUUGGAACGGACGGGACACUUCUGGGUUCUGUGAAACCCAACGUCGGUCAUUCAGAGGGAGCUUCUGGAAUAACAAGCGUCAUAAAAGCUGUUCUUUCUUUGGAAAACAGAACGAUACCACCCAACAUCUUUUUCGACUCUCCAAACCCGAACAUCCCAUUCAAGGAGGCUAAUCUUCAUGUUCCAACUUCUGCUCUCUCCUGGCCAAAGGAGCGCAAGGAGCGCGCGAGUGUUAACUGCUUUGGGAUUGGUGGAGCAAAUGCACAUGCUGUCCUGGAUUCUCGAAGGUCUUUUUUUUCAGGACCAAGUUUAAUUGGUGAGCCGAUAAGACGGCACCCCGACGGAUCGCGUUUGUUAGUGAUCUCGGCCAAGAGCGCCGAUUCUCUCCAGCAACGUAUACGAGGAAUCACCAACUACGCGAGUGAGAACCCGGAAUCUCUUCAUGACCUGGCAUUCACGCUGUCUUCACGUCGGGAACAUUUGAAGCAUCGCGCCUUCGCCGUGGCAGUACCGAAUAAGCCACUCGACGAGUCGAAAUUCCAAACAGGUCGGACGAGAAGCUCCAAGCUCAUCUUUGUAUUCACCGGCCAAGGUGCCCAAUGGGCUGGGAUGGGAAGGGAUCUAAUCCAGCAAUUUGAUACCUUCAGAGACGACAUUGUGGAGUUCGAACGGGAACUACAAUGCCUUCAAAACCCCCCUUCGUGGAGUCUCCAAGACGAGCUAUCGAAUUCAAAUAGCCUUGUCAACAGAUCGGAACUUUCGCAGCCUCUUUGCACUGUCAUUCAGAUUGGUUUGGUAAAUCUCCUUCGCCGCAUGGGGGUUCGACCGUCAUCCGUGGUCGGACAUUCUAGCGGAGAAAUCGCAGCAGCCUAUGCAUCGGGAGCGAUAACUGCCAAGUCUGCGCUGAUGAUUGCUUAUUACCGUGGAAAGGCGACCACGUUGUGUGAGGGAAAAGGUGCCAUGAUCGCAGUUGGUGUUGGACGACGGGAUGUUUCAGCGUAUCUUGAAGAGAAUAUCGUUCUAGCGUGCGACAACAGCCCUCAAAGUGUGACACUAUCUGGGGACAUCGAUUCUAUUCGUCAAAUGAGCGAAAAGAUCAAGAACAAAUUACCAGAUGUUCUGUGCCGGCAAUUGAAGGUCAAUACUGCAUAUCACUCUCGAUCUAUGAAGAGCAGAUCCUUCCACACAUUGAGUCAAACACUACCAUGCUCCCUCUUUUUUUCAACGGUUACGUCGCAAGCAGUGCAAGAUCCGAAGGAGCUAGAUGCCGCGUAUUGGCGACGCAAUUUGCAGUCACCGGUCCUGUUUAACGAUGCAGUCAAAUCGAUUCUGGCCGAUCCGGAAAAUGGACAAUCAUUCAUUGAAGUCGGUCCGCACUCUGCUCUCUCCGGUCCUCUGCGUCAAAUAUUCAACGCAUCGUCACUCAAGACAGACCCCGUUUAUAUUCCGACAUUAACGCGCCAUGCCGACGAUGCACGAUCGCAAUUGCUUUAUACGGUCGGAUCUGCCUAUCUGUUGGGAGAAACCGUCAAUUUCCAAGAGACGAAUGGCGAUGGUGACACGUUGACGAACCUACCUUCAUAUCCCUGGCAGCAUACCGGACGCCAUUGGCAUCAAAGUCGAUUGGCCACUCAGUGGAGAAAGAGGGAAUUUCCUCAUCAUGAGAUCCUUGGUGCACGUGUUGUGGAGUCUUCAAAUUUGGAGCCCUCUUGGAGAAAUUUGCUGCACCUGGAAGAUGUUCCUUGGAUUUGGGACCAUGUUUUGCAAGGAAAUGUGGUGUUUCCAGCCGCAGGUUAUGUCGCCAUGGCAGGCGAGGCGGUUCUACAGCUUCACCCGGAUGUGGAAGAUUAUUCGAUCAAAGAUUUGGUGCUGAAGUCACCUCUUCUGUUGAAAGAUGAACAGGUCACUGAAAUAAUCACAACACUCAGACCUGUCAAAAUCAACGACCUUGUGGACUCGGAGUGGUUUACCUUCACCAUAGUAGCCCGUGAUGGCGUCGAUUGGACAAAGCAUUGCCAAGGACAAGUGCGACCGCAUUUUGACUUCCCACCAGCCACAAAAGACCUCAAACGUCGUCUCCGACCCGUGGACUCUGAUCAGUGGUAUCGAGCUCUGGAUAGGCAUGGUUUGAGCUACGGUAAAACAUUUCAAGGGCUGGAGGAUAUCGCAGCGGAUCCAGUUGAACUUGAAGCAGAUGCGACCGUGAACAAUCGAGUUGAAUCUUGCCCAAGCAGAUAUACCCUUCAUCCCACUCUCAUUGAUCAAUGUUUGCAACUUAUGAGUGUGGCGCUCACGAAUGGACUUUCCCGCCGGAUUGAUCGACUUGCUAUUCCUGCUGCUAUUGGCGAUGUCUAUAUUGGUGGCAAUUCCUCAGUAAUGCGCGCUGAGUCUCAACUAGGCAAAAGUCAAAUCGGCUCCAUGACUGGAAACUCAAUCUUGUUGUCAGAUGAUGGCAAAAUUCUCCUCGCAUUAAAUAGGGCUGCUUUCUUUACUGUACCGGAUAAUGACCUGAAUGAUGCAAAAAUCCCCUUGACGGCGGAUCUUAGAUGGACACCCAAUAUUGGCUUGACACCGCCUGAUAUGUGGCUCCCAACCCCGGUCGCAUCUGGGCCACAGGUUGAAGCUUUCAAGGACUUUGCGAACAUCAGCUUUUUGUAUAUCCUGGAAACAGCGGACAUUAUAAGCGAGUUGUCCCCUUGGGAUUCGCACAUGAGCCGUUACAAAGACUGGAUACUGUCCGAAGCUUCGAAGAUACGACAUGGACAUUAUGCCUUUUUCGAUCAAAGCAAGAUAUGGGCUCGAGCAGAAUCCAAGGAAAGACGAAAGAUCAUUAAAGAUCUUUCCUCACGAUGGGACAUUGAUGGGGAAUACACUGGCUGGCCUUCAUGUGCCAGUGCGAUCUUUGAAAAUUGCGUUGAGCUGAUGAAUGGAACCCAAAGCCCGUUGGAUCUACUGAUGGAUGAAAAAAGGCUCGAAAGGCUUUAUAAAUCAGCCAGUACCCCGGGUUGCUGGAGCGAACCAAUUAGGCUCAUGGGUCUUGAAAAUCCCAAAAUGCGCAUUUUGGAGAUUGGCGGUGGAACUGGGUCUUACACUCGAAAGGUUCUUGAAGACCUUGAAUCUUCGGAUGGCGUGCAUCUCUAUUCAAAAUACGUCUUUACGGAUAUAUCACCAGGUUUCACAAUCGCAGGACAAGAAGAGUUCGGGUGCAAGAAGAACAUGGAAUUCAAGGUUCUAGAUAUUUCGCAAAAAGUCGAAAAGCAAGGGUUCGAACCUCACUCUUUUGACCUUGUGAUUGCUUCAAAUGUUCUCCAUGCCACGCCAUCACUCAGAGAGUCGUUACAGAACGUGCAUCAGCUUUUGGCAGCAACUGGAAAAUUGAUUUUACAUGAGUUGUCUCCCGAAACCCGGGCUAUUAACUAUGCCAUGGGUAUUCUACCGGGUUGGUGGAUUGGUGCCAAUGACAAUCGGAUUGAUAUGCCAUAUGUUUCCCCCGAUCGGUGGGACUUUGAGCUUCGUGCUGCUGGGCUUACGGGCAACGAAACAUACGGCUACGACAUGGAACCGCCCUUUCAUCUCAACCACACAAUCAUAUCUGGGAUUGCCAGUGAGCAGCAGAACAAAGUGGUAACCCUGGUGACAAGCAGCCUUCCUUCUCCGUGGAUCGCAGAAGUUACCUCUCGCUUUCGUGAGAAUGGAUACCUCGUCAACAUGAGCACAUUGAAUGAAAUACCACCGGAUGGCGAGGACCUUGUCUUCAUGCUGGAUCUCGAUGAGUCUUUCGUGUAUAACCUGGAUGAGCCUACAUUUCUUCUACUCCAGGAGUUCAUGCUCAACAUGACCGGGCGGGGCCUCUGGGUAACACGUUCGACACAACUGAGCUGUCAAGAUCCACGUUAUGGUCUCGUACAUGGAUUUGCCCGUACUCUCAGAAUUGAACGCGAGCUGGAUCUCUCUACAUUCGAGACUGAUGUUUGUGAUGAUGAGUCUGCUCACGCACUAUAUCGUGUCUUUGACAAGAUCAAAUGCUCACGUGGUGUCGAGGAGCUAGAUCCGGACUAUGAGUUUUCCUAUCAGGAUCGAGUAACUCAUGUCGGUCGAUGCCACUGGUCUCCUCCGCGCGAAAAUGAAGGUUCUGUAUCCAGCACAGACAGUGAAACAUUUAUCAAGCUGGAUGUAGGCACGCAUGGCCUGCUUGACACACUACACUGGUCCCGCGUAGAGGAGACAGAGCUCGCAGACGAUGAAGUCGAGAUUGAAGUCCGAUAUGUCGGCUUAAACUUUCGGGAUAUUUUGGUGGCUUUAGGCCUCGUCGGCGACAAAAAAGAGCUCGGUUUAGAGGGGAGCGGCAUCAUUCGGCGAAUUGGAUCCAAAGUGCACGAAUUUACGCCUGGAGACAGAAUCGUUACAUUUUACCCAGGGAUGUUUCAAUCACGGAUCGUCACAGCUCCUGCGUGGUGUUUUAAAAUACCAGACAGCAUUUCCCUUGACCAGGCGGCGACCAUGCCUAGUGUAUAUGCUACUGCAAUUCAUUCAUUGAUAGAGCUCUGUGCCUUGAAGAAGGGAAAUACCGUUUUGAUUCAUUCCGCUUGUGGAGGUGUUGGCCUUGCAUCCAUACAGAUUUGCCAACUCAUUGGUGCAGAGGUUUUUGCAACAGUGGGAAAUGAUGAAAAGGUGGAUUAUCUGGUAAAUCGCUUCGCCAUACCACGCAAUCGAAUUUUCUCUUCUAGGUCGAAAGAAUUCCAGCCACAGAUCCUGUGUGAGACGGAUGGGCGUGGUGUUGACAUCGUCCUCAACUCCCUGGCGGGAGAACUUCUUCACGCAUCGUGGGGAUGUGUUGCCAAGCGUGGGAAAAUGAUUGAGCUGGGGAAGAGGGAUUUCCUUACGAAUGGCAGGCUGAGCAUGGGAGCAUUCAGUGACAACCGGACUUUCUUCGGCGUUGAUAUUCUUUCACUUUGUAAAGAAGACCCAGAAUACAUCAAGGACCUCUGCUCAAAAACUAUGGACUGGAUUAAUGACGGUAAAGUUGAGCCCAUCCAACCUGUGAAGACUUUUGUCGCAACCGAGAUAAAGGAGGCAUUCCGAUAUAUGCAGCAGGGCGUUCACAUGGGCAAGAUUCUGGUCGAGCUUCCGUCCAGCUCCGACAAUAUAGAUUUUGCGAGAAAUCUGCAGCAUUCUAGUUUUUCGCGACAGAACUCAUACCUCUUGGUCGGUGGUUUGGGAGGCCUAGGCCGUUCUAUUUCAUCAUGGAUGGUUGAAAAUGGUGCACGCUAUCUGGUUUACUUAUCGCGUACCGCAGGGGAAUCAAAGGAAGACCAAUACUUCCUCGAGGAGCUCAGAAUUCAGGGCGUCAAGCCUAUCUGUGUUGCAGGGAUGUGUCACGUCGCGCCGACGUUGAGGGUACUUCAAAUGUCAAUGGCCCUUAGUGAUCGGACUUUCAGCAAAAUGACUUUUGAUGAAUGGAGAAUUUCCCUCGCCCCAAAGGUUGAAGGGUCAUUUAACCUGCACAAUGCGACAUUAAACCAACACCUAGACUUCUUUGUCGUCUUCAGUUCUACUGGCGGAAUAUGCGGGAACAAGGGUCAAGCCAAUUAUGCCGCUGCAAACACCUUUUUGGACAGCUUUGCCCUGUAUCGCCGGAAUUUGGGCUUGCCAUGCUCAUCGCUUGUACUGGGCCCUGUAGAGGAUAUCGGGUUUGUCAGUCGCAAUACGAAUAUUUUAAGUCUGGCACGCUCGUAUGGGAUGCAUCUUUUGAAUGAAUCAGAAGUGAUAAGAGGGCUCGAAAUUGCUAUUGAUCGUUCUCGAUCGAACUUGACGAGCCCUACCAUCCUCGGGCUGAAGAAAGCCAAGCCGACUUCCGAUCCUCAUGUUCGCCCUCUCGGGAAUCGAGAUAUACGUUUUUCCCUCUAUUACAACAUGGAAAAAGUAGCAUCGGCGCAGGUGGAAGGAUCUAGUGACCGACUGCGAGGACUGUUGGUCAAGCUUGAACAAGAUCCAGGUCUUCUUGACGAGCACGAAACCCAGACUAUUAUCUGUGGAGAGCUAGCGAACUUGGUCACACAGCACAUGCCAAAUACGCAAAAUCUCGACGACGAUGAGGUUUCCAAGAUUGCCAUUGACUCGCUCAUGUCCAUCGAGAUCCGGGGUUGGUGGGCACUAUCGGACAUCUCGGAAGUGUAG